AUGCUUGAAUAUCAGGAGUCAGGAGUGAAAAUGACAUCAGGUCAAAGGAUUUCCUUUUCAAUUCUUGACAUUUUGGAUCCCAAAAAGUUCACAAGUAAAAAGGCAGAUAACAAACGGACAUCGCCUUUAGAAAACACAGCAUUUGGAAGUUUAGAGGAACAGCGCACCGGCAAAGAAAGUCCUGGACACGGAGAGUCGCUUCUCUGCAAAAAUAUCGGUGAUCGUUCAGCUAAAGAGCAUCAAAGUUUAGUUAGGCUGCAUCCGCCUGAUCCAGAUAUCGACUCGGACUCUUUAGCCCCUCCACGAACCUUUAAAUCGGACUUUUCUCCAUGUGUGGACCCAGAUGAGGCAGGUGAAGAGAGAAUAACUGCAGCAUCGGAUGAUUUGUCACGCCAGCGACGUCGUGGGUCCGAUCACAGUUGCGCAAAGCCGCGGCGUGCCAGAACCGCGUUUACGUACGAACAGCUGGUGGCUCUGGAGAACAAGUUCCACGCAACCCGUUAUUUAUCCGUGUGCGAGCGACUAAAUCUCGCACUUUCCCUGAGCCUGACCGAAACUCAAGUCAAGAUUUGGUUCCAGAACCGAAGAACCAAGUGGAAAAAGCAGAACCCUGGUGCUGAGAGUUCCCUGCCACCUGGCACCAACUCCUUGCCCAGCAUCAGCCCGACUUGUGGAUCCACACCUGCCCUUUACCCUCCGUUCAGCACCGGGAAUGUGAUCUUUCAUCCCGCUGGUCCGGUUCAUCUGGCAUCAUCUGGUGGACUCUUGCAUCCCUUUUUGGCUGAUGGCUUUCUGCAACACCCAUUUUUCCCCACACAUGUAUGA